GGCUUGAAGACGAUGGCAGCCUCGUCCGCAGCCGAGGGCGACGGUCGCCCGGCGCUGAGCGUCUUCCACACGCGCCGGCUCCUGCAGGUGAUUGAGCUGCCGCUCGACAACUCGGACGAGACCAACGUCAUCUUAAGCUUUGCGUCGCGCUGCGCGGAGAAGAAGCAAUUCCAGGCCUUCUACUGCGCGGACAAGACGCUGCUCCUGCGGUCGCUCGAGGAGGAUCUGCACCCGCGCUUUUGGCGCGUGCCAUGGAACCUCGCGCUCGACCGCAUCGCACAAGCGUCGCCCUUCUUCUCGACGGCGGCGCCGACGCUCCAAGGCCCGCCGAGCUCGUCGUCGUCCUUUGGCAUUAGCCUCCCCGUCCUCAACCCGCUCUCGUUUGGCGAUGAGAUGCCCUUCGCGUCGUCUUCGUCGCUACCACCCCUCUCGGCGUCGUCAACGCAGUCGGCCGCGAGCUACGCGACGAAUGGGCAGCAGGUCGUCGCGCUCGAGUUCUCGCCCGAAGGCGACUGGCUCGUUGUCGUCGUCGCGUGGGGCCACAAGAUGUUCCUCCUCCUCCUUCCCGUCGCCGCGCUCGUCGCCCGCGAGCGCAAGCUCACGCUUCAGAUGCAUCUCAAGGACGUGGCCCCCGGCGAUCUCAUGAGCGUCGCGCCGAGCCCCAUGGCGACGCAGAUGAUGUCGUACCUCCGCGCGCAUGGCCACAACGGCGCCAAGUACAAGUCGACGGUCGCGGGCGACGCCGAGGACUUGAGCACGCUCGAAUUUUCGACCGGCAUGACGACGCCCACGUGCGUUGUGUGGUGGCGGUCGUUCAACGGCCACAACUACGUGCUUGUCGGGUCGAGUAGCGACCUCAUCUCGAUCGUCCACGUGGAAACCAACCAAGAGACGUGCCGCUGCGAGCUCUCGGGCAAAAUUCUCUCGAUGGACCUGGUCCACGACGAUGCCAACGCCACGUCCCUCCUCGUCGCCACGCGCAAGCACAAGGUUGUGCACUACUACAAGGUGCUCUUGGAGCGCCGGUCGAGCGACGGCGCCGUCUUGACGUUCCCAGAACACUUUCUCGACGACAAGGCCUUUCGCCCGCAGCGCAUUAAGCAGUUUCCUGACGCGUCGUUGCAUGUUGUCCGAGACCUCUUCGCGCGGUCGUCGGGGCUCGUGGCGUUGGACUCCAAGGCGCAGACGAUCACGACAUUUGCAGACUUGAACUGGCGCCUCGAGUCCAGCUACUUGCUGCCGACGCUCGAUGUCUCGGACCCGCAGCUCGUCUACUGCUCGUCGCAACUGCUGCUCGUCCAAGGCAGCACGCACGAUGCACAAGCGCUCGCCGUAUGGAUCUCCCGGCCUUCGCGCGACGACGGAAGUAGCAAUGCGCAGGCGGCACGGGUCGUGCACACGCUCAAGCUGCGUCAAGACGAGUCGGUACGGCGGGUCGUGCCUGGGAAAAGCCUCGGCGGCGACGACCUCCUCUUCUUUGUACACACGGACCACCAAGUCUACGAGUGCCGGCCCAAGUGGUCCCGUCUCUCGCUCUUUGAAGCGCUUCUGGAGCGCUCGAUUCACGUCCAGGAUGCCGUGUCCAUUGGCUACUCGAUCGGCAUCGACAUGGCGUCGCUCUGUGAGGUGGUCGCCGACACCAUCUGCGCCCGCGAGCCGAGCAAGGCGAUCUCGCGCAACAGCUGCGAGUGGAUCAUGCGUCUCUACGCCUACUCGCGCGUCUUGCCGUCCAAAGCCGUCGAGAAGCUCGUGCUCCACGGCGGUCUCGUCAACGCGAUCGAGUACACGCGCGACGUUCUCUUGCGACCGGGCGAUGCGACGUCGCAUGUCGAGCGCAGAGUCCUCAGCAACGUGCUCGUGCACUCUGCCCUCCGACUCCUCGCCGACCAACUGCCGACGUCGACAAGCAGCGUGACGUGGCCAUGGCUGCUCGCGUUCCUCGGAUCCAACGCCGACUUUGAGACCGACGUGGCGCUGGCGGCGUGCGCAGCCCACGAUGCCGUCGACGCUGUGCUCCAUGUCGCGAUAGCACGCCACGCGAUCCUCGCCGGGCUUCUCGCGCUCCAGUCGGCCGGGUUGGAGCUCUCGGGCGAUCAUGUGGCCAUGCUCUUGGAGAAGGGCCACGCCGCUGCGCUCGUGCACUGCGCCGUGCGCGGUGUGUUUCGCCGGCUGCCGCUGCAGACGCAGAUCCACGUCAUGUGCCAAGCGCCGAGCAGCUUGGUGGCGCAGCGCGAUUGGCUGCUUCGGACGCUUCCGAGCCUCGACGAGGCGAGCGUGGUGGCGAUGGCGACGGUGCUGGACCCGCGCACGGUCGCGACCAAAGCCGCACCGACGCCACCGAUCGAUGGAACGACGUACCGCGAGUGGGUCAGUGACGUGGCGUCAAGAGACGAUCGAGCUCUUUUGACGGUGCUUUUGCGCCUGAACGCCGACCAGCUCAACGACAAGUCGCCGCGCUUGCCGACGGACGCGUUCUCGCAAAUCGAGCUGGAGCGGUUGCUGCGGGCGUGGGCGCCGCAGUACCGCCCGCCGUACCUCGUGCUGCGCUGCGUCGACUAUGCCAACUGGGCGGCCGCCGCCGUCUUGUACGAAGCCCACGGCGAGUGGGUCGAUGCGAUCGAGUGCAAAUUGCAGCAGCACGACCUCCAGCAGAAGACGACGCUCUCGGCCUCGAGCGCCGACGAGCUCACGCAUCUUUUGAUGACGCUGGUGGUGCCGGCGCCAACGCCCGAGCUGCCGCUGCACACGAAACUCUCGCUUCUCUCGCGCAUCCUCGUGCAGUGGUUCGCUUCCGGGCACACCACGUCGGAGCUGGAAGCGUUCUUGCAGCACCCCGACCACGACGGGCACGUCGGAGGCCUCGUGGCGCGGCUGCUCUUUUCGUCCGACGUCGCCUCCGACUUUGCCGAGCGGGACGUGCAGUGGGUCACCGAGUGCCAGAAGCUGCCGUUUACCGGCGCGUAUGUGUUCCAGCUGUGCGCGCAGCAGCUGCCCACCUAUGACGUGGCGUCGCUUGCGUCGACGACCGACAUGCUGCUGGCCAACAUUGAGCGCAACAGCGACGAGAUCCCGCUCUUGCAGCUGGGUCGUCAAGCGAAUCUGGGCCUCGACGACCCGAUCGAGACGCACGCCAAGGUCUUUACGUGCGGCCACGCGUACCCCAAGCGCGUCUACGACGACGACGUCCUCUUGGUCUUUGAGAAGCGCAUGGCGAGCUUGCCGGCGCUCCGACACACGACGCGUGUGCUCUUGGACGAGUACCGCAAGCCCGGCAUGGUGGAAGCGCCGUGCCCUGUCUGCGCGUUCGCACGCAUGCAGGCGCUGGUGGCGCAGCAGCAGACGACCGCAGCGAUCACGCGCGAGCCGCCCCGCGUCCGCAUCGCGACGGUGGAUCAGUGGACGUGGAAGUAG